GUGAGUUCGACACUCAAUACAACAGUUUACUAGAGUCCAUGGCAGGGGCUAGAGCACCGGUGAGAUUGCCGGUGGCUUGCCGGAAUUUCGAUGAGGUUGUCAAAUGUUCCGAUGAGCCACUUACAAAUGAGGAGGGAAUGGUUUUCGGGUUUUUCGGGGAGGACGAAGAGCCGUCGGGAAGUUCAUGCAGUUCUGGUGAUCGCUUCGACCCCGGCAACUCCCGUGAGGAGGGAGAUUCUGAUCAGAACCCUUGUAAGGAAAAUAAGGCUUUCUGGGAAGCACAAGGGGAGCUUCUGCAGGCAACCUUAUCGCGGGCAAGUUCUUUUGAGUCGAGAGUUAGACAUGCCACAAAAGAGGCUUUGAGGGAAUCGGAGCUGGUGGGCAGACGUUGUGUGUGUCGGCGGUCGGUGGCCGGUGGCUGCCGGAAUUGCUUGCAAGAAGAAAUUGCCGAUCGCCUCAGCCGUGCCGGUUUCAACUGCACCAUUUGCAAGUCCAAAUGGAAGAGCUCACCACAUAUUCCUUCAGGGGAGCACACUUUUAUGGAAGUGAUGGGAGCUAAUUCAAGCUUGAAAAGGGGGGAGGUGAGAGUGGUCAUAGAACUGAAUUUUCGAGCUGAGUUUGAGAUGGCGAGAGCUAGCGAAGGUUACAACCGACUAAUCAGUCGGCUACCAAAGGUGUUCGUCGGAAAAGCAGAGAGGCUACGAGCUCUGAUCAAGAUUCUGUGCUCGGCAGCGAAGAGGUGCAUGAAGGAGAAGAAGAUGCACAUGGGUCCUUGGAGAAAGCACAAGUACAUGCAAGCCAAGUGGCUUGGCACGUCUGAGCAAGCAACAGCGACACCGCCGCCGCUGGCGGCCGGAGCUUCUGACCGGCCGAGAAAGCCCAAAGCCUCCGUGCUAACUUUUGAUUUGAGGGAGAACUUGGCCGCCGGCGUCCACUGUACCCCGGUUGAAGUCGUGUGAUGAAGAAGCGAUUAGUACUCUACUUUUUGCAAGUCUAGUAAAUUUACUUAAGUUAUUUUAUCAUCGGAACAAGGAAAAUGUUUUUUGUCUGAUCGUAGCAGCUCUCGAUGGUGAUGAAAUCGAUCUUUUGAUAGCAUGCAAGCUUUCUUGAUGAUUGAAAAAAGGAACUCACAAUUACUGGUGUAGGAGACUGCGCUCCCGCUUAAUGUGCUGUCAAUCAGCAGUAUGAUUUGUACAAUGUUUUGCAAAAGUAUAUAAUUGAAAAAUAAAAGAACAUUUUGGAGGUUU